AUGUCGAACGUGUUUUUCCCAUAUUCCAAGGCGCCCCUGCGCACCAUUAAGGAAAUUCAGUUCGGACUCUUCGCCCCCGAGGAGAUUAAGCGCAUGAGUGUGGUCCAUAUUGAAUACCCAGAGACAUUGGAUGACCAGCGUCAACGGCCUCGGACCAAGGGUAUCAAUGACCCGCGCCUCGGAACAAUUGACCGUCAAUACAACUGUGAGACUUGUGAGGAGGGACCUAAAGAAUGUCCUGGACAUUUCGGUCAUAUUGAACUCGCGUCUCCAGUCUUCCACAUCGGUUUUUUAACUAAAAUCAAGAAGCUCUUGGAGACCGUUUGCCACAACUGUGGAAAGAUCAAGGCCAACACGGCCGAUUCUAAGUUCAUAGAAGCACUCCGUUACCGUGACCCUAAGCGACGCUUCGAUGCUAUCUGGCGACUCUCCAAGGAUGUCUUGGUUUGUGAAGCAGACGCGCCUGCCGAUGACGAAGAGUUUUCGAAGGAAUCUCAGAAGGGCCGCUCCCACGGCGGCUGUGGUAACGCCCAACCCACCGUCCGAAAGGAAGGAAUUGCCCUUGUUGGAACAUGGAAGCCCAGCAAGGCUAUGAUGGAGGACGAGAUGGCCCAGCCAGAGAAGAAAGUCAUCAGUCCCACAAUGGCUUUGAACAUUUUCCGCAAUAUUUCUCACGAAGAUACUCGCAUCAUGGGUCUCAGCAACGAUUAUGCUCGGCCCGAGUGGAUGAUUCUCACCGUUCUGCCCGUCCCUCCCCCAACAGUUCGCCCUAGCGUUGUUAUGGGAGCUACAAGUGGCGCGCGUGGUGAGGAUGAUUUAACCUACAAGCUCGCUGAAAUUGUCCGCGCAAACCAAAAUGUCCAACGCUGUGAGCAGGAAGGAGCACCCGAGCACGUCAUUCGCGAAUUCGAGUCCCUCCUCCAGUACCACAUCGCUACUUACAUGGAUAACGACAUUGCUGGCCAACCUACGGCCAUGCAAAAGGGAAACCGCCCUGUCAAGGCUCUCCGUAGUCGUUUGAAGGGUAAGGAGGGUCGUCUGCGUCAAAAUUUGAUGGGAAAGCGUGUCGACUUCUCCGCUCGUACUGUUAUUACUGGUGACCCCAAUUUGUCCCUGGAUGAAGUCGGUGUUCCCUACUCGACUGCUCGUAUUCUCACCUACCCGGAAGUUGUGACACCUUACAAUAUUGAAAAGCUCCAGAAGUUGGUUGCAAAUGGACCCAAUAUUCAUCCCGGUGCACGAUACAUUGUUCGUGACAACGGUGAACGUAUCGAUCUUCGUCACGCUAAGCGCGCUGGUGCUCAGCAAUUGCUUUAUGGCUGGAAGGUCGAGCGCCAUCUCGACAAUGGUGAUUACAUUCUGUUCAACCGUCAGCCAUCUUUGCACAAGGAAUCUAUGAUGGGUCACCGCGUUCGCGUUAUGCCCUUCUCUACUUUCCGCAUGAACUUGUCGGUUACCAGUCCUUACAACGCCGAUUUCGACGGUGACGAGAUGAACUUGCACGUCCCACAGGGUGAGGAGGCUCGCGCUGAGCUUGCCGAACUGACUCUGGUUCCCAAGAACAUUGUUUCUCCACAGCGUAACGGUCCUCUGAUGGGUAUCGUCCAGGAUACUUUGGCCGGAAUUUAUAAGAUCUGUCGUCGUGACACGUUCCUCACCAAGGAUCAAGUCAUGAAUCUGAUGCUCUGGGUUCCUGACUGGGACGGUGCCAUUCCUCCUCCUGCUAUCUUGAAGCCUCGCCCUCGUUGGACUGGAAAACAGAUGAUCAGUAUGGCCUUCCCCUCUGGUCUGAACCUUCUGCGUGUCGAUAAGGACGGUUCGCCCAUGGCCGAGAAGUUCAGUCCUCUUAACGAUGGAGGUCUUCUGAUCCACGGUGGUCAGCUUAUGUACGGCAUGCUUUCCAAGAAGACCGUUGGUGCUAGUGGUGGUGGUGUCAUCCACACCAUCUUCAACGAGUAUGGUCCUGAUACUUGCGUGAGAUUCUUCAGUGGAGCCCAAACCAUCGUUGGUUACUGGCUGUUGCACAAUGGUUUCAGUAUCGGUAUCGGUGAUACGAUUCCCGAUCAACAGACCAUUAACAAGAUUGAGGAGGCUGUCCGGAACCGGAAGCAGGAAGUCGAGGAAAUUACUGCCAGUGCCACUGAAAAUACCCUGGAGGCCCUUCCUGGUAUGAACGUUCGUGAGACCUUCGAGAGUAAGGUAUCCCGUGCUCUGAACAAUGCUCGUGAUGAAGCCGGUGAUGCCACCGAGAAGAGUUUGAAGGAUUUGAACAAUGCUAUUCAAAUGGCGCGUUCCGGUUCCAAGGGUUCCGCUAUCAAUAUUUCGCAGAUGACUGCCCUUGUCGGACAACAGUCCGUGGAAGGCAAGCGUAUUCCAUUCGGCUUCAAGUACCGUACCUUGCCUCACUUCACCAAGGACGAUUACUCUCCCGAAUCACGUGGAUUCGUUGAGAACUCCUACCUCCGUGGCUUGACUCCUACUGAAUUUUUCUUCCACGCUAUGGCUGGUCGUGAGGGUCUUAUCGAUACUGCUGUCAAGACUGCCGAAACCGGUUACAUUCAGCGUAAGCUGGUCAAGGCUCUCGAAGAAGUCAUGGUUAAAUAUGAUGGCACUGUGCGUAACUCUCUUGGCGAUAUCAUUCAGUUCAUCUACGGAGAGGAUGGCCUUGACGGUGCUCACAUUGAGAACCAGCGUGUGGACCACAUUAAGUGCUCUGAUGCGAAGCUUAUGGAACGGUUCCGUGUUGAUGUCAUGGACCCCGAGCGUACUCUCGGUCCGGAGGUCUUGGAACAAGCCAAUGAAAUUGCUGGUGAUAUUGAAGUGCAGAGAUACUUCGACGAAGAAUGGGAAGCCAUUCUGAAGGACCGCGAUUUCCUGCGCACCGUGGUUAAGGAAGAUGAGGAGAUGAUGCAGCUCCCCAUCAACAUUCAGCGUAUCCUUGAAAUGGCUCGAACUACUUUCCGCAUCCGCGAGGGCACAAUCAGUGAUUUGCACCCUGCCGAGGUCAUCCCCCAAGUCCAGCAGCUCUUGGAACGCUUGGUGAUUGUCCGUGGAAACGAUCCCAUUUCCCAAGAGGCACAGGUCAACGCGACUCUGUUGUUCAAGGCGCAACUGCGCAGUCGCCUGGCAUUCCGUCGUCUUGUCACAGACUAUUCGCUCAACAAGCUUGCUUUCCAGCAUGUACUUGGUGCCAUCGAAAGUCGCUUUGCUCGUGCGGCAGCCAAUCCUGGUGAGAUGGUCGGUGUUCUUGCUGCUCAGUCCAUUGGUGAACCUGCUACUCAAAUGACCCUGAACACUUUCCACUUUGCUGGUGUGUCAUCCAAGAACGUUACGCUUGGUGUCCCACGUCUUAAGGAAAUUCUUAACGUUGCAACGAACAUCAAGACCCCAUCCAUGACCGUGUACCAGGAGGGCAUGAAGACCCACGACAAGGAGGGUGCCAAACUUCUUCGAAGUCUUGUGGAGCACACCAGUCUUCGCUCUGUCACGGAGUCAACCGAGAUCUACUAUGAUCCCGAUAUCCAGUCCACCGUCAUUGAGGAGGAUCGGGAUAUGGUCGAAUCAUACUUCAUCAUCCCCGAGGAUAAUGCCGAUGACGCAUCUUCGCAGUCGAAGUGGCUGCUGCGUAUUGUGCUCAGUCGUGCUGCUCUCCUUGAUAAGGGUCUUACGGUGCAGGACGUUGCUGCUAGGAUCAAGGGUCAAUACCCUCGUGAUAUCGCCGUCAUUUUCAGUGAUAACAACGCUGACGAGCAAGUCAUCCGUAUUCGCCAAGUUCAAGACUAUAAGGACGACGAUGAUGAGGAUGUUGAGUACGAUGUCACUCUCAAGAAGCUUGAACAACAUCUUCUGGAUACUUUGACCCUUCGUGGUGUUCCUGGUGUUGACCGUGCUUUCAUUAACGAGAAGAGCAAGGUCCGUGUCAUCGAGGAUGGUUCGCUCCACACCAGCAAGUCCGAUCCUCUUUGCAAGGAAUGGGUUCUGGAAACCAGUGGAUCUUCUCUCGCUGCCGUUCUUGCGAUUCCUGGUGUUGAUGCUUCGCGCACAUACUCCAACCAGUUUAUCGAGAUUUUCGAGGUCUUUGGUAUUGAGGCUGCCCGUACAGCUGUGCUCCGCGAGUUGACUCUCGUGCUUGCCUUCGAUGGUUCUUACGUUAACCACCGUCACUUGGCUCUGCUCGUCGAUGUCAUGACUGUUCGUGGUUACCUGACUCCUGUCACUCGUCACGGUAUCAACCGUGCGGACAACGGUGCUCUCAUGCGUUGUUCGUUCGAAGAGACGGUUGAGAUUCUGCUCGAGGCUGCUGCUUUCGGAGAACUUGAUGACUGCCGUGGUGUGUCGGAGAACUUGAUCCUUGGACAGAUGGCGCCCGCCGGAACGGGUGAGUUCGACGUCUUCCUCGAUCAGACCUUGCUCAACACCGUCGUGUCCAACAAUGCACGCUUCAGCCUUAUGGGUGCGGUUGGCGCCAAGGAUGCCAUCCUUUCGGAUGGUGCUGCUACCCAGUACGACACUGGUUCUCCCAUGGCCAGCUCCCCGUACAUGGCUGGUGGCGAUCCAGACUCUACGUUCUCGCCGAUGCACCAGAUUGGCCAGGAGCCUACCGGAGGAUUCACCGAUUAUCAGCCUCCCUCUGCUGGUGCCUUUGGUGGAUUCAGCCCCGCGGCUCGCAGCCCCGGUGGCUACUCCCCGACAAGCCCCUUCAAUACCAGUCCGACGUCUCCUGGAUACUCUCCAUCUUCAAGCUACUCUCCUACCUCUCCUGGCAUUGGCAUGACCAGCCCUCGGAUGACAUCUCCUGGGUUCUCUCCUUCUAGUCCUUCAUUCCAGCCGACAUCCCCGGCCUAUUCGCCAACCUCGCCUGCGUACGGUCAAGCGUCUCCCACCUCGCCGUCGUACUCUCCAACUUCGCCUGGGUUCUCGCCGACUUCGCCCAACUACAGUCCGACUUCACCCAGCUUCAGCCCGGCCUCGCCUGCAUUCAGUCCGACUUCGCCGAGCUACAGUCCCACUAGUCCCGCGAUUGGUGGUGGUGCUCGACACCUGUCCCCUACCUCCCCCACAUCUCCCAAGUACACGCCCACUUCGCCUGGUUGGUCUCCAACAAGCCCCCAGUCGUACUCGCCGACUUCUCCGAACUUCUCUGGUUCCCCGACGUCGCCUACCUCUCCGGCUUACAGCCCGACGUCCCCGGCGUAUAGCCCUACGUCGCCCCGCCAGUAA